CAUCGCCAUGUCCAUCUUCACCCCCACCAACCAGAUCCGCCUCACAAACGUGGCCGUGGUGCGGGCUCGGCGCGGCGGAAAGCGCUUCGAGAUCGCCUGUUACCGCAACAAGGUCAUGGGAUGGCGCAGCGGAGCGGAGAAAGAUCUGGAUGAGGUCCUGCAGACUCACACAGUGUUUGUCAACGUUUCCAAAGGGCAGGUGGCAAAAAAGGAAGAUCUGGUUCAAGCUUUUGGGACAGAUGACCAAACAGAAAUCUGUAAGAUGAUCUUAUCCAAGGGGGAGCUGCAGGUAUCAGACAAAGAACGGCACACACAGCUGGAGCAGAUGUUCAGAGACAUCGCCACGAUCGUGGCCGACAAAUGUGUGAACCCUGAGACAAAGAGGCCAUACACAGUGAUCCUGAUAGAAAGAGCCAUGAAGGACAUUCACUACUCUGUCAAACCACACAAGAGCACGAAGCAGCAGGCACUGGAAGUGAUCAGACAGUUGAAGGAGACCAUGCAAAUUGAACGUGCUCACAUGAGGCUGAGAUUUAUUCUUCCAGUAAAGGAGGGCAAGAAACUGAAAGAGAGGCUCAAGCCACUGAUUAAAGUUAUUGAGAGUGAAGACUUCCAUGAACAGUUGGAAAUUGUGUGCCUUAUUGACCCUGGCUGCUUCAGGGAGAUCGAUGAGCUGGUCCGGAGCGAGACCAAAGGGAAAGGAACUUUGGAAGUGCUCAGUCUGAAAGAUGUGGAGGAAGGAGACGAAAAGCUGGAGUGAUGGAAACCUUCCUGCAGCAACAACAGCCUGCAAAAGGACUGGCCUCAGCUACUCUCUUCUCUUAGACCUUCAUGUUUUUCCCAAUCUCUUGUUGCCAAAUAUUUUCUGACACUAAUCCUUUGGGAUCUUUCCAUGCAGUGUGGGUCGUUUUUUUUUCUAACUCGUUGACCCUUGCUUGGUUUACAAAUGGCUUUGCCUGUGGGAACAUUUUGUGUCAGGGUUGUGUUAAUGAGGACUGAGUUUAAACGUGGUGGGGGAGUUGUUGCAGCUUUGGUUUGCUUGAAGGGUUGCUGUUUCAAAGUGUUUGGUUGCUGCAUUGCCAAUUGGUUUUAUGUCAAGUUGUCAGCGUGGAGUGGAGGAUGGCAUAGGUGGGGUGGGGUUUGGAUGUGAGGAAGGGAGCUUUAAGAAAAGAGAGCUGCAUUUGCACUUCCAAACAGGUGCAAAGUGUGGAUCCUGUCUAAAACCCAUCUCUUGGCAGCAUGAAAACUCACUGAGAGUUCCAUAAUUGGCUGCUUGAUAGUUAGAGUCAUUUAAAGGAGCAUUCCUAAAGAUUUUCUUUCCCUGGAUGUAACAGGACUUGCUGACUUAGGGAAAAAAAAAGAAGGGUUCUCCAAAUAACUUAUUGGUAAAAUCUAUUUAGCUACAUCAAAUCCAAAUGAAUGAUCAUCUAUUUAUAUAUUCUAGAGACAGAAAUAAAGUUGUUAUUUUUGUUAAUCAUCUAGAAGCUGUCUCUGGCUUUCUGAGGGCUGAAGGGUGAGUGUGAGCUGUUCUCCUUUGGUGAUCAAAGGAAUCUGGAGCAGGCAGGGGUGGCCUCUGGCCAUGCAGACAGGUUUUUGUUGGGCCAUCAUGCCCCAGAGGUAGCUGUUUGUGUGUGCCCCUUUUUUUUUUCAGCCUGAUAGAGGACAAUCCUGGCAGUUGGCCUUUAUCCUCUUGUCUUUUUAUGCUACUUUCUAGUAUAUACACACACAAUUUGCAGCCAGCUCCUGAGGCACAGGGUAUAGUUCUUGAUAAUUCUGUGAAAUCUUCUUUCAGCCAUGUUAAACAAAUGCCUUGAAGUUGAAGUUGGCCUCUCUUCUUUCUUUGAGGUGCCUCUCUUCUUUCUUUGAGAUACACAACAACUGGAGAAGGAGAUGCUAAAAAUACAAACUACCAGGCAAGGUGUGUGUUUGGGUGACUGAAAGCUAAACCAGCAGGAAUUUAGGGAGCCUUUAGUGUUCUGGACCUGCUCUCAUGCUGACAGUAUGCAGCAAGCCAGAAGCUGCAGGUAGCCAAGGGCUGGAUCUCUCCAGCCCUUGUUGAGUUCAUUGUUUGCUGUUGAUGCUCAGAGUGCAGGA